GGGGGUGUCUCCUUUUUUUUGUCCUCCCUGAGCUUCCCUCGCUCGCUGCCUCGCUCCCUAGGUUUCGUACUCACCUUCUUCGGUCCGCCAUGGUGGGCAAAGUGAGAAGGCGGCCCAGACUGCACCCGGCGGCGCCUCAGGGGGGCGAGGAGGGCCUCGCGGCGAACGCCUUCCCCUUCGCCGCCCCCCAAAGCAAGCCCGUGAGGGCGGCCCGGGACCAUGUUUUGUUGACCUCAAACAUCUUUGCUGGCGUGAAAAUAGACCUGAAAUCUCUAGUGAAGAAAUUGGACACGCAUUCAAGAAACACUGUUUCAACCAUAAAAGAUGGAGAUGAAAAGACACUUCUCUCUAAGAAGGAAAAAAUGAAGCUGCGAAAAGACAGAUGGCUGCAGAAAAUAGAAGGCAUUAAAGUAGCAAAACAACAGCAAAAAGCUGAGGCAAAGCGAAAAGCCACCCCAGUUAUUGGAGAUCUGCACCCCUUGAUGGAUGCCCUGCCUGAGCUCUCAGAUCUGGUGACAGUCCGCAAGUUCCCGAAGUACCAUAAGAUCCAGGUAAAAAAGAAGGUGCCAACAAACUUCAACGAGAUGAAUUCAGCCCAGAAAAGCAAAGCCAUAGUGGAGGAAAUAGCACAGUUUCACAUGACUAUAUCUGACCCUUUGUUCAAAGCGAACCCACUGGCAGUCAUCAGUGAACAUCUUUCCAAAAGACUGAUGCAGGAAAGGGAGGGAGAGCCAUUGUAACAUCAACAUUGGAGCUGCUUGAAAGCACAAGGAAUUGAAUGCUCAAGACGCGCUGCCCACUAGGCCAGCACAACUUUCAAGAGUCUGCAAGAUUAUGACAUCCAAUGACCUUGUUUUCUGUCAACAGAAAUGAUGCUGCCAACACUGAUGAAUAUGCUGCUAUUGCUGGCUACAGCUUUCUCCGCUGUUUUGCUAAAAGCUUUGUAGAUCUGUGACUAUUCUCAUUUCUCACUCUUUGAUAAACCACACAGCAGAUGUUCCUUCUUUUUCUUCCCCCUCCCCCUCUCUCUUGCUCUCAAUUUUCGUUCUUUCUUAAAGUAGAGUCUAAGCUGCCAUCUUCUCCAGUGGAAGGAAUAUAGUUUUUGCAACAUUUCCCUCAAUUUCUUUUGUAUUUAAGAAGGGCUAAUGGAUUUGCAUUUUCUAUUUUCCAAAUUCUAUGGGCAAUAAACAUGCUAUUUUUGGCAAUUCCGUUUGUACAUGUCCAAUUUAAUUUAUCACUGUACCAAAAUUCUAGGAAACAUCAGUAUUUCACAAGCUUUGAUUUAUCUAAUAGUAGUUGUUUAUUAUGAAGCUCCUUUUUGUAAUAUAACAAUAAAAGAGACAAUCCCAUCCUAACUGUUCUAAUAAGGGACACUAAUUAAAGAGACGUGCAUCUUUGAAUGCACAGCUUUGUUUAUUGAUGGAACAAUUAUGUUGAUUUUUGCAGUCUGACGUAGAGGGUCGUAAUGACAUAAAACAUUGAAAAAAUGCUCUAGAAAGAGGUAUUAACGAAGAAAAAAUUGCAGGAGUAAAUUCCACACCAAAAGGUGUUCAAAGUCAGCCUUACAUAGGAAACAUAAUAAUCACCAUUGAAUUUUAUCAGGACCCUGUGGGUGAUUGUUAGGCUGUCUUUCCAGAGAGCCAUAACUGGAAUACUAGUCUAAUGUGAUAGAAGAUACUUUGUGACAAAGAUGUGACAAAGAUGCCAGUUGGGCAGCAGGAGAAAACUCGGGCUACAAUAGCAUCCCAAAAUAUCUUUAAGGAAAAAUAUGAAUUUUUCCAGCCGUCUCUUAGGCCAGGUAGGGCCCACAUGAUCAGAUUAUUCCAGGGCCUCGGGUUGUGUUGGCUGAAAAGGAAAAGUGGAAUACAUCAUUGCAGUUCCCCAGAUAGCCUCUUAUAUCAGGUUAAUUUUUCUCUUGUUUGAAAUGAUUGUAAAUUUCUGAUGGCCUUAAUAAAUCAUUUUGUAUUUCUUUUGUAUGCACAGCUUGUUCAUAAAGGUGUUUUUGAUUCUCCAACCUCACUUGUGCCCAGAAUCCUUCCUACAAACAUAGGUGUGUAUUAAAGUUUCUGACUGCGAAAA